AUGGAGAGGGACUCGAAAAUGUUAGGACUCGAGGACCGCCGAAUCCUCGAAAUAUUACGAGAAAAACACCCCGAGGUGUUUCUAAACAUCAAGCGGGAGGUCGCGUCUAGCGUGGCCCCCCCGUCCCACCCGUCGCGCGCGGCUUCACCGUGCGCCGCGAUUACCCCACCCGUAGCGGCGACACCUAGGUCGCCGAGUCCCCUUUCGCGCGCUGCCUCCGACGCCGCUUCCAUCCACAACGCCGUCUGCGUUCCCCCAACCCCUCCCUCCGCCGAGCAUUCGGACUCUCCUAUGUCCGAAUGCAAUUCUUCUUCCUCAUCGUCUGAUUCGGACGAUUCAUUCAAAACCGUCACCGGUAAGCGCAAGAAGAAGCGCUCCGCCCCUCAGGCCCUUCAGGCCUCUCCGCCCGCGAAGCGCAUUCUAGCGCCCGUCGCGCCCUCUUCCGGCCCUAAGCCGUUGAUGUCGCUCAUUAUCGAGCCCCCGUCCCCUUCGGUGGAGCCUCCGACUCCAUCCGUCGCGUCCCAGCGGGGACCAAAGCUCCCGCCCCCCAUCAUUAUCCACGAUAAGGCCGUGUUCUCGAAGGUCUGCACGACGUUAAGUGGAACAAACCGCCCAUGUAGCUUCGCUGGCGCCACACGGUUCGGCGCGUGGGCGAACCGCGUCGGACCGCAAACAGCACUGGACACGCUGAUUAACUGUGAAAUAUUUAUGUGA